AUGCCAAGAGAUCCAUUGAUCGGCUUGGUGGGAAAGCCGUCGAGCGGAAAGUCAACCACCCUCAACAGUUUGACCGAUGCUUCCUCCAAAGUUGGUAUAUUCACCACCAUCGAUCCCCAGCGCGCUAUCGGCUAUCUUCAAAUCGAAUGCGCCUGCCAAAGACUGAACGUUUCCGACAAAUGCCGACCGAACUAUGGGGGUUGCGUGGAGGGCCGCCGCUCGGUGCCGAUCGAGCUCUUGGAUGUAGCUGGUCUGGUUCCGGGCGCGCACCAGGGCCGCGGCUUGGGGAACAAAUUCUUGGACGACCUGCGCCAUGCCGAUGCGCUGAUUCACGUGGUGGAUGUGAGCGGGACGACGGAUGCAGAAGGCAAGGCCACACGAGGCUACGACCCCUCACAAGAUAUCGAGUGGCUUCACUCUGAAAUUGUGCGAUGGGUUCUUGGCAACUUGAUGCAGAAAUGGGGAUCGAUCAAGAGGAGACAUGUGGCUACAAAAUCAACGGCCGUGGAUACAUUGCAGGCUCAAUUUUCCGGCUACGGAAGUACAUCCUCCAUCGUUGGACGGUGCCUGGAUAAGUUGGCGCUCAAGGAGCCAUUGGAGGCCUGGUCGGAUGAGACAGUGGAGAAGGUGGUCACGACGUUCAUCGAUGAGAAGUUCCCUACCGUGUUUGCCUUGAAUAAGAUCGACCAUCCCGAUGCGGACAAGAAUAUCAGCAAGAUCGCCAAGAUGCAAGAUCCGAAGUCGAUCGUGCUGUGCUCCGCCAUCUCGGAAGUUUUCCUGCGCCGACUUGCAAAGCAGGGCUAUAUCAAAUACAUCGAAGGAAGCGAGUUCGUAGAUAUGCGAGAGGACCUGAUUGACAUGGGUGAUCCGGAUGGAGGUGGCCUCAAGGAGAUGGACGAGAAGCUGAAAACGCGUGUCGAAAACUUGAAAGAUAUGGUUCUAUAUCGGUUCGGGUCCACCGGUGUUGUCCAGUGUCUUUCGCGUGCUGCGGAACUCCUGGGGCUUGUACCCGUGUUCCCUGUCCGCAAUAUCCAUACCUUCUCAUCUGGAGCUGGGACGGCAGUCUUCCGAGACUGUGUCCUCGUGGGCAAAAACAGCACAGUCGGCGACGUUGCCCGCAAGGUCAUGGGAGAUGUCCCCAUCUCAUACAUCGAAGGAAUCGGUGGCACUCGUGUCUCCGAGGACGAGAUUGUGGAAGUUGGGAAACACGACAUUCUUUCUUUCAAACCUGGCCGAUAGAUUCCCCCCGAAUACAAUCUAUGUACAGUGAACAUGAUAAUGAAACUAUAAACCGAGAUGAUGCUACAAUCACAAAGAGAACACGAGCGUUUCAACUGCAAAAGCAAGUAGUGUCAACGACUGGCGUGAAGCCAGCAAUCCUCGUCCGUCGAUAUUUAGUGACCUCGCUGAGAGAUAGGCGAGUUAGCCGAAUCCGCCCCAACACACCGGGAUCACAUCACAUCAACAAAAAAGUAAGGGUGUGCAAAAUACCUGUCCUCUCUCAUCAUUCAUCCCGAUGACCGGUUCCGGCGCCUUCGGAUGUUCCUUCUUGGCCUUGCGCUCGUGCUUCAGCCCCCCGCGCUCCGUGGCGCCCCCCUGCUUGGAGCUGUCCGGCACCCCGUAGCUCGACUUUCGGUCCUCCUGCCCGGCUGCCGAGGCAUCGGUCGAGACAUCGGUCGUGUCGCGCUUCUUGGUCCGGUUGACGGCGUGGUCUUCGGCCUUGGUGCCC